AUGUUUAGAUUUGUGUUUUCUCCUACACUGACGUCUGUUUUGAGUGUUAAGCUGUAAGUAAUGUUUCUAUCAUGGUUUGAAGGGAUGUUACCCAUACUAUGAAGGAUCAUGAUGAAGAAAGACACAGUUAAAUGGAAAAAAGAAACUUACACAAACUAGUGGAAAUAGAGAAAGACGACGAGAAACAAAUGAGCGACAUGAGGAAGGGCAAGAAGAGAGUCAAACACUUGAUAAUUCCUUACAUUUAGACAUUAAACUACUAACAACAUAGAUUAUUUGACAUUAACAGAAUUGGAGAACAAAAAGUGUUUACGGAUUAGCAAGAACGCCAUGCUUGCACCGAAAAAGUGACAUUGAUAAAUUUGUUUCUGUACUUCCUCAUUGCUGAUCAGAACCAGUUAGCGCUCAAUUGGAUCUCUGUUGCCAACCUGACAGGAUGGCUCAGGCUCAGGGCUGCUCUGUAUUCCUGGUGCUUUUUCUGACAUUUUCACCAGGAGGCGCUUUCUAUUUGUAUGUGAUGGAACGGUGCCAGUCUAACUCAAGUGACGGUCAUGAUGCCGUGUUACUGGAUCAGUUUUACUACAACAAAAUUCUGGAAGGACAAUACAACAGCACUGUAGGAAAAGUGAUUGGAUACACAGAAAGAGGUGAAGAAUAUGCCACUUUUCUAAACAAUGAUACUGAGUUUAUUAAGCACGAGAUAUGGAAAACAAACCUCUGCAAAAGAAAUACUCCACUGGCACAAAAACUACUAACAGCAGUGGAGCCCUACGUUUGGUUGAGGUUAGUGAAGGCGCAGUACAGUCAACAUCAGCAGAUGCUCGUCUGCAGCGCGUACGACUUCUAUCCAAAGCAAAUCAGGGUGACGUGRCUGAGAGACGGAAAGGAGGUCACAUCUGAUGUGACWUCCACUGACGAGCUGCCCAAUGGGAACUGGMUGUAUCAGAUCCACAGCUACCUGGAGUUCACACCUAAACCUGGAGAGAAGAUCACCUGCAUGGUGGAGCAUGAAAGCCUCAAGGAACCGAAGCUUUAUGACUGGGAGCCGGAGUCGGAUUCAAAGUGGAGUAAGAUUGCUGUUGGCUCAGCAGGGCUGCUGCUCGGUUUGCUGUUUUCUGUUGCUGGCUUCAUCUAUUACAAGACAACAUCAAAUGGACGGGUGGUGGUGCCUACAACAGAGAAUGUAUGUCCAGAAGAAACCCUUUAGGCUGCAGGAAUGUUGAGAAGCCCCACACACAUCUAUCAAGCAUCGGAAACUGUUCUUAAUCCCACAUUUGAGAGACUUUAAGCAUUCGUAUGCCUGAAGUUUUUUUAUUUUGCCUUUUACACAUUUCUGCAGACAAACACUAAUAUUGCAACACAUUUAUUUUAUGCUGUACUAAAACACUAUUGUAAAACAGCAAGAAAUAAACCUGUUCUUUGUCAUUUUC